GUGUUUGCAGGACUGCAGGAAUGAGAAAGGAUGGGGACACAAGUUCCUUUUAAUUCAGUUUUGUUUCAGCAAGCAGUGCUCCCUCAUACAGAGCAGGUCAGUGUGGGCAGUUGUGGUAGGUCUAUGCCAGCAAGAUCUGGCCCCUUAUUGUUAAUUGGCAUAAUGGGCUUCCUGUGGACAAGGUGGAACCUUGUAGCAUCAAUUUAUGGAAAUGACACAUGGUAGAUGAAUUGCCAUAGUGUUGGUGGGUGGCAGGAGUAUAGGCAGGGGGAGAGUUGAUUAGAAUGCAAGAGGGAAAAUGGAAUUAGUGUAGAGUUGGUGUAGAUAGUUGUCUUGGACAUGGUGUACCAGGGGACCUGUUUCUGCCUGUAUGACUAUUCAUAAAUUUGCACUAUGGGGUGAUAGUUAAAGCCUUAACGUGGUAGGAAGUGUGCAAUGUUGAGGAAGACCAUUUGAUGUUAGACCCAUAGUUACUAAAGCUUUCCACCAGCCUCCUUUGAAUGACGCAAUGAUUCUUCAACUCUGCUGCUUUGUUUGAAGGUAAAUUACCAGUUAAACCGAGUUUGGUCGUUCUGUAUAAAAUGUACUUGUGACCAGGCCAGAGAUCAAUCUUAACGGGCCACCUUUCCUUGUUUCUUUUUAAGGUAAUGAGGUGAUUUCUGUUUGGAGUGGAAAUGACUGGCCCAUAAGAUUUUUUUUACUUCCUUCCUUCCUCUUGUCCAACUGUUCAAAAGGCAAAUCUUAAUAGGGCAUACGACUGCAUAACCAGCCAGAUUGAAAAAUCAUCAAUGACGAGUGCAGACUCCAGGUGUGAGAAGAACAGUACAUUCAAUGAAAAAUUAGAAUUGAAAUGCACAUGUGAUGUGACACUGUGGACGACUACACUGGAAGAAAGCAAAUCCCUUUGAGAAACUUAAAAAGCAUUUAUCCUUUAUCUUGCCUGAGAAGGUCUGGAAUAGUUUUAAACGUGGAGACUUCACCUGAAAUCCACAGUUCCACAGAUCUCAACCCUAAACCACAAAGAUGUCUGAUGAACGUCGAGAUAGCUCGAGCAGCUUACAGAGGAAAAAGCCACCUUGGCUCAAGCUAGAAAUUCCUGCCAAUCAGCUGCCAGUAGAGGAGCCGCCUUUGAUGCCGCCUUUAAGGCAACAACUCUAUGUGCGGAGCGUCAGCAUGCCACCUGAAAGUACAAGGGUACCAUCUCCGCCAAACGAACAAAGGCGACCUACGUUCCAGAGGCAGACCUCAAUAACCCAGACCAUCAAAAGAGGUACAGCUGACUGGUUUGGGGUUAGCAAAGAUAGUGAUACCACCCAAAAAUGGCAGAGGAAGAGCCUUCGCCACUGCAGCCAGAGGUACGGCAAGCUUAAAUCGCACGUCAUCCGUGAAAUGGAACUACCUAGUCAAGACAACAUCUCGCUCACCAGCACAGAAACCCCUCCUCCUCUCUAUGUGGGGCCACAGUUUGGCAUGCAGAAGAUUGUAGACCCACUGGCCAGAGGAAGGGCAUUUCGAAUGCCAGAUGAAAAUGACGGCUACAGUGUUCCCCACACUCCAAUCACACCUGGUGCUGCAUCCCUGUGCUCCUUCACCAGCUCUCGCUCUGGAUACAACCGUAUUCCCAAACGAAGAAAGAGGGAAUCUGUGGCUAAGAUGAGUUUCAGAGCAGCAGCAGCCCUGGUAAAGGGGCGCUCUCUCAGGGAAAGUACAACACGACGGGCUCAGAGACGCAGCUUUACUCCUGCCAGUUUUGCAGAAGAAGAAACUGUGGAUUUCCCGGAUGAGUUGGAUACUUCAUUUUUCGCAAGGGAAGGAGUCCUACAUGAAGAGCUGUCCACUUAUCCUGAUGAGGUAUUUGAACCUGCGGAAGCAAUUACUGCGAAGGAAACAGAAGGCAACUCUCUGGAUCAGACUGAUCUGACCGGCAGCGCCUUAGAUAAAAGUGAACUCGAGAAAAGUCACCUAAUGCUCCCAUUGGAACGAGGCUGGCGGAAACAAAAAGAAGGCACACCACCUCAGCCCAAGGUUCGCUUAAGGCAGGAGGUUGUCAGUGUGAGUGGCCAGAGGAGAGGCCAACGUAUUGCAAUACCGGUCAAGAAACUGCUCGCCAAGGAGAAGAGACCUUAUGGACUAGGGAUGGUGGGAAAGCUAACAAAUCGAACGUACCGCAAGCGAAUAGACAGCUAUGUGAAGAAGCAAAUAGAUAAUAUGGACGAUCACCGGCCAUUUUUCACAUAUUGGAUUACAUUUGUGCAUAUACUGAUCACUAUACUAGCAGUGUGUAUCUAUGGAAUUGCUCCAAUAGGAUUUUCUCAACAUGAAACUGUAGAUUCAAUUUUAAGAAAUAAAGGUGUCUAUGAAAAUGUUAAAUUUGUGCAGCAAGAAAAUUUCUGGAUUGGACCAAACUCUGAGGCUUUAAUCCACCUUGGAGCAAAGUUCUCUCCUUGUAUGAGGCAAGAUUCACAAGUGCAUGAUUUAAUCACCCAGAAGAGGCAAGAGGAAUAUAAAUCUGCCUGCUGUGUACGGAAUGACAAGUCAGGAUGCGUUCAAACCUCAGAGAAAGAUUGCUCGUCAACACUUGCUGUAUGGGUAAAAUGGCCACAUCACAGUAGCACUCCAACAUUGGGCGAUGGAACUCCCCGCCGUCAGGGUUCAGUGUGCCAUCAGGAUCCAAGGGUUUGUGUUGAACCUGGCUCUGUUCCUCCUCAUGUAUGGCCUGAUGACAUCACUAAAUGGCCGAUUUGCACUAAAAGUACUGCUGGAAACCACACGAACCUUCCACACUUGGACUGUGUGAUUACAGGCCGGCCCUGCUGUAUUGGCACCAAGGGGAGAUGUGAGAUUACAUCAAGGGAAUAUUGCGAGUUCAUGAAAGGUUAUUUCCAUGAAGAAGCAACACUCUGCUCUCAGGUGCACUGUAUGGAUGAUGUAUGUGGACUUCUACCAUUCCUCAACCCUGAAGUGCCUGAUCAGUUUUACAGACUCUGGCUUUCACUCUUCCUACACGCAGGGAUUCUACACUGCUUUGUGUCCAUCUGCUUCCAAAUGACGAUCCUUAGGGACCUGGAAAAAUUGGCAGGGUGGCUUCGGAUUUCCAUAAUUUACAUCCUGAGUGGGAUCACAGGAAACCUGGCCAGUGCCAUAUUCCUGCCUUAUCGAGCAGAGGUUGGACCAGCAGGAUCACAGUUUGGCAUCCUUGCCUGCCUUUUUGUGGAGCUCUUCCAGAGUUGGCAGAUCCUAGCCAGGCCUUGGAAGGCAUUUGUCAAACUUGUGGCGCUUGUCCUCUUCCUCUUUGCCUUUGGUCUCCUCCCAUGGAUUGACAAUUUUGCCCAUAUUUCUGGCUUCAUCAGUGGAUUCUUCCUUUCGUUUGCAUUCCUCCCAUAUAUCAGCUUUGGGAGAUUUGACUUGUACCGCAAGCGAUGUCAGAUCAUGAUCUUCCUUGUCACCUUUGUAGGACUGUUUGCAGGAUUGGUGGUCUUGUUUUACGUCUACCCAAUAACUUGUGAAUGGUGUGAAUAUCUGACUUGUAUUCCCUUCACAGAUAAAUUCUGUGAAAAAUAUGACCUCAAUGCACAUUUGCAUUAAUCAGUCUGCAAGGCGCAUCAAUCAAUGUUACAGAUUUGGUUGUCGGCAGUAUUUGCAUCAUGGAGUCUCUAAGAAGAAUUUGCUCUACCAAAAUGUUGAUGGUGAUAUUCAAGUAAUCCUUCAGAUCCUCACCUGAUGUUGUCUUUUUUAAUUCAAAAAUUACAUUUAGCACUUGAUGCUCAAUUUACAUCUCGGGACUGUGGACACCAUUUCUAAGUAUGACCUACGUGCCUUCCCCAUUAUUUUUGAACCAACGUUUUGUGCUGCCAAUUUUGUAUUACACUAGUUUUAGCACUAAAUCAAAUCUUGUAUUGUUUACUACUGCUAAAGUGGUGAUAAAUUGCAGGUAGUGUUUUAGCUACCAUUUGACUGGACUGCAAGUUUGCAGAAUACAUUAUAGAAGCCUUACUGAGUCUUCAAUUUUAAAUUUGAAUGUUGUCAUCAUCUUUCCCUCAGCUUGCUCUUGAAAUGACAUGAUCACAGUUAUAAGAUUCCAAGGAUAGAAGAUCAUUGUUAAACACAUGAAAAUUUACAUUUAUAAUUAUUUCAAGAAAAUCUAAUUCUUGUCACACCCUCCUCCUCCUCACUCCCCACUUAUUGUGAACUCUGCCAUUUAUUUGACUUUGGAAUUUUUUUUUUACUAUCAUUGUACUGCUGGUUUCAGGUAGAUAUGUUACAGGCAUGGAACUUCAAACCUAAAUGGAUCUGAAUUAAAUUAAUGCUCACACCCAAUAUCAGAAUAAUGGAACUUUAAAAAAAAUCCUAGCCAUAGCUGAAUUAUUGUUACUUAUUCUCCAUUUCACUCAUGAUGUAUUUUGAGGGAAUACAUUUUCUGCAAGUAACAAAUUGGAUCUGUGAUUAAAAUUGACAAUUUAUAAACACUAACCAUGUUUCUGACAACAAUAAAAGUUCAUUGGCUGUAUUAUUUGGUGGGUUA